AUGAACCCAGCAAGCCCCUGGAUCGCGACGUUUAUCCAGCAAUGCCUGUCGUCCUACGUUAUCCCAAUUGCAGAAGAUGGAAUCGAGGUCGAGGAUAAUGGAAGCAGCCUGAACUUCAGCCUCCGCGGAUUUACAAGAGAGCACGGUGAUGAGGCGACACUCAUGGACUCGGAGAACCAGAUCGAGGCCAUUGUCUCACGAGACGCGAGGGCUGCACACCAGCUGGGAUCGCCAGAGUUACGGCUGAGCAAAGGCGGACCUAAAAAACACAUGGUUGAACUCUUGGACUUCAAGCUCGUUUUGCCAUACUCGGCAUCUAUCUCCAAUAUUCACCUUCGUGUCGAUCGCUUUCGUAUCGACUGGGCUCGCGGAAGCAUCAAAUUUGUGCCCACGAGGAAGCUCAAGAGAAACCCGACGGUAAAAAGACUAGUGGAAGCAGCACACCAGAGAAGGGAGAAGGCUGAGCCUGCUGAUGGUUUAAAUGACCUAGCAAAGAGUCCAUCCGCCAGGUCUAUCGGUUCUCAACAUGACCAGUUUAUUCCGCCACAUGUUUCCCAAAGCAGCCCCCAGGAUGUGUUGGAGUCGCAGCAAUUCUUCUCGCAGAUGCAGCUCAAGCAUCAUUUAGGUGCGCGUGAAAGAACCUCUCAAGUGGGCCGCCCUAGCUCGAAUGGAUCGUCAGACCUCUUGCGACACCUUGCGACACCUUCCUCGGCGUCUGAUCCCAGACUAAAUCCCCUGCGCCGUCCUCUAUUGCCACAACAUCUCCCACUCAAUGGACGACUUACCCCGAAGAAGACAAAUCAAGUUGAAUCCAAUACUCUGAAUAGAAUCGAGACAAAUGAAAAUCAGGAUAUCCGAGCCUCUCAGGGACCGGUUACCCCAAUUCAAAGGUGCCAAGAUGCAUUCAAUGACAUCACUCUCGCUGAGGCUCAGACCGAGGAAUUGUCCUCUCAAAUACCUGCAAAGGCAGCCGUUGACGGCUUGACUUAUGAACGCCGGGCCCUAUCUCCUAGGAUUCAGCUACCAGAAGUUCCUCGUGAUACUCAGCAAACACGGAAGAGGGAUGAUCAAUUUCCUUCAAAGAAGAGAGCUCGUGAGAGUGUGGACAUAUUGUCACAGUCCCCCUCAAACGAGGACCGGGAUCCUGGGGAUUUGCGGGAGUCGCAGUCUACCUCGCCCUCCAAGAAGAGACAGCGUACUGGUGCCGGCAAGAUUUCGACAGACCCGGGGAUUGAAAACAACCUGGUCCAUAAGCCCAUACCGCCGGUUCAUGAAAUGCCAAACCUAAUACCCAAAGCGGAAAUUUUGCCGCCCAUGUCAGAUGCCUGGGAAGGCCUCCUAACCAUACCUGCAAGCGACGUUGUGAUCCAAAAGGACCAGUCUGCUCUUCUUGACAGAUUUUGCUGGAUUCCACCAAAUACCGGAGAUCCCAUGCCUCAAGGCCAUGUGCCACCUGCGCUCCUCAGGCAAUGGAAUGAGCUCGCUCAGCGGAGACACAACCAGAUGCAACGAGCGUCAGAGCAGUCCCCAACUCCGACUCCUCAGGAGAUUCUUUCAUCUGCCACUGAUAGCGAGUCUCAAGUGACCUCGUGGUCUUCGAGUACUGAGGGACAUUAUAAUCAAACUGGUUUGAAUGAAAGGACUGGCUUGCCAGCGGAUAGCAGCCCCAUCAGGCCGCCGAACUUUACGAAUGAAGACAUUACCCCGAUUGCCAGCCAACACGAUGCCACACAGCCAGCGGAAAACGGUGGCCUGGGAAUGGCAGAUGAGUUUCCCGAACGGUCUCAACUUGAACCAGAGAAAAUUCUUGAUAAGGGACCCGAUGCAUCGAAAUCUCUGGAUUCUCUUCACUCGGGGACAGGCACAAGCCAGUAUACAUUAGCGCAUUUAGCCCAGCAUUCAGACGAUGGAACCGCCCAAACACGCCGCGACUCACAGUUUUUUGCCGCCGAUUCUGAAGAGUACCCUCUGCAAAUUGAAACACAAACAGAAAACCUCGAGAACAGCGCGCUGAAAAAAAACUCCCGCAGGGGAUCAAGAAGCUCUGAAGCUGCGGCUGGGUUUCAUGAAAACGAUCUUGACGAUGAGAGUGACGAGUCGGAAAUGGAUGCUUGUGUGCCUAUGGCUCUUGGGGGAAGCUCGUCAUACCCGACAUUAAGCACUCAAACCGGACAAGAAAUUAACAGCUCUGGUCCCUCGCUUCCUGAACCUUCCCGGCAGCAUGUCCAAGUCGCAGAGACACCUUGCACAGACAAUAUGCGCUUACAGCGCGAGAAGCUAGAGAAAGCUCAAGCUGGGGGGAAGCCUUCUAUCUUGUUGCAGCAAGGUUCUUCACAGGCUGCCAAAACCUCAUCUCAGCCUCGAAUCUUUAAUAGCUAUCGCUCUAAUGGCAGCCUUGAGAAAAGUGACUCGUCUCACCCAUCAACGGAUUCAUUUUUGCAACCUUCGGGAAAUAAGUCGCCCCGGAUCGAUGUGAUUGGAACCCAGAUUCCACUCGGCAGUGGCAACUCAUUGUCGCAGGAUGCUUCACUUCACUCGCAACCAGGAAUCGUUCUUGAUUCGUCAGAGCUACUUCAUCGCUACCAGGACCCACUCAUGUUGGGCCUGGAGAAUGAAGCUGAGCCGUCGUCUUUUCCAUUAAUUAGCCCUCGAGAGCCACCGAUGUCUCAGCUGGUUGACCCAAGUCAGGAUCCUAUGGAAGGACUGUCUUCUCUCGGCGGGUCAAUAGGCUCUCCGCAAAACUUUCUAAUACGAUCCGCACCUGCACUGCGCGAUCAAGAACAGUCUCCGUCAAAACUUCCCAGGUCCCGGCAGCUUAGAGAAGCCGAUCCCGGUCGAGCUUUCUCCGGCAGUCCAAAUGCGGAGCUAGUAGCUCGCCGCGAAAGCUUCAUCGGCAACCCCGACGAGUCUGCCGAAGCAAAAAGAGUUUACGAGAAGUUUCGCGACGAUUAUCCAAGCUAUUCGGGAGAUUUUGCUCAUUUCACCGAGCUCUGCUCGCAACUGCAGGCCGUUCGAGACAGAGGCCACUUGCAGCGGUCAUUCUUGUGGGAUGAUUUUGUCAUUAUGCAUCUUCUGGAGUACCCGGACCACGUUGAAGGGCACACAUCGCAGGAAUCGAAGCCGCUUUUCUACGAAGAAUACUUUUCCUUGAAUUUUUCCAAGCCCCAGCACAAAAAGCGAAGUUUGACUGCCUAUGGCAUCGAAGUAUCAGCAAGCCAGUUUGUUCCGGCUGUUAGCACUGGCUUGGCUUCCAACAGCCCGGCACCUCCGUUUUCUUCAGAACCUCGCAUUGAUAUUACGAACCACACCCUCACAACCAGUUUCGUGGGCAAACUCUCUAAUCUCCGCACCCAUUCCUUCAGCGAUACUCGUGCCACAACCUCUGCAGUAAAUGCAUCACCUGCGUUGCCCGCACGUGCCGAUACGGACAUCUUUCAAACCCAGCAACCCCUUUCUGCAGUUGACUCCAGUGGGCCAACUGGUUCCCAGGCGUUUGAACCGAGCAGCUUUGACCAGGAAACUGUUUUCUCGAGCUCCAACGAGGAGCAGGACGAUAAGGCACUGCACCAAGAUAGCAAUGAUGUUGACGGCGCAAACGUGUUACCGACUUCAAACGACGUCGACAUGGCCGAAGAUGACAAUUCCGAGGCCAGCAACACUCAUCACGAAACAGCCAGUAUUGAGCUCGGGGGCGACGAGAGCGCUGCCGCCUCCGGUUCCGAUGUUGACACUGAGCCCGAAAGUGAGAACGAAAAUUGGUUUCUCUCCCUUCGACAUAUGCGUCCUGCCGGCCCAGUAUGGUCGGAUGACCCCAACACACCGUUCAAGAUCUGGGCUAGAGCCGACCAGAAUGUGGUGAGCGAACGCUGCCGGCGCGGGGGCUCGAUUCCCGUGGACGAGAACGGCGUGAUUCAGCGACCUUUUUCAAGCAACGGGCCCGUGAGACUCGAUGUUAUCAGUCCAGGCAUCCACAAACUUCUAGACCUUUUCUGUGUGCAUUCCCAGGCGCCACGCUCGCGGUGA